AUGACAUCUGAAAUUCAAGCUUUGGAGGCUAACAACACCUGGAGCCUUACUCCUCUUCCUCCCAGCAAGGAACCCAUUGGUUGCAAAUGGGUGUACAAGAUCAAGUAUAAUUCAGAUGGCACCAUUGAACGUUACAAGGCCCGCCUCGUUGCCAAGGGUUACACCCGCAAGUUGAAGGGGUGGAUUAUUGUGAGACUUUUUCACCCACUGUCAAGCUCACCACAUUUAGGUGUCUCCUCGCUAUUGCUGCCUCCCGAAAUUGAAGUCUUCAUCAAAUGGACGUACAAAAUGCAUUCCUUCAUGGUUACCUUCAUGAAGAGGUUUAUAUGCUUCCUCCACCAGGAUUCAGUCGACAUGGGGAGAAUCUGA